GAAAUGACUACAACUUCUUCUAACAAAAUUUUACAAGCCAUUUUUAAAUUUGUUGACGCUAAAAAUGAGCGGGAUUAUGGUACCUUAUAUAAUUGUGCUUUGAUCCUUUACGGACAAAAAAGUGAUAAUGUGAUAAAGAUAUUAUUGUCAUUUCUUGAUAAUGAUCAACUACAACAACUUGGUUCAUUUGGACACAGACUAACUCUUAAUGAAAAUAAAAAGUUUGACUAUCCUUCUUUUAUCCAAUAUUUAAAUUUAAACUUUAUCUGGGAAUCUCUUUACGACUUGUAUUCAAUGAAUGUGCAGCAUCCUAAUGACUCAAACUUGUUUAAUGACAUUGAAUUAACUUUUACAGUACUUUUAAAGAUGCUAGCUCAGAAAGUUACCGAUUUGAGGAGACUUCAUAUUAAUCUUAGGCUUCAUUCUAGCAAUAUUGACGAAGUUUCCAAGGGAGACAUAAAAAAUAACAUUUUGAAGCGUUUAUUACAACCGGAAAUCAGUGAUCUUUUAAGAUCUACAAAUGAAUUACGUCAAAUUGACGAUGCUACUGGAUUUAUUAGGUCACAAACGCAUUUAAAAUAUUUGGAAAUUUUUAAUUGUAAUUCUGGCAUCGAAAAACUUCUUACAUUUUCACGAGAUCAAGAGUUAUCUAUACAAACACUUAUUUUAUAUCACGUAGAUUUUUAUGGAUGUGGACCAUUAACUAGCUUAGCAAAAUGUGAAAAUUUAAGGCACCUGGCUUUUCGUUAUUGUACAUAUAUCCAAAAAAAGAUGUGUGAUCCGUUGUUUUCUGCUAAUUUUCCUAAGCUUAAUAAGGUUGAAGCACCAUUUACUUCAUGCCCGGCACUUGAAGAAUGGGCUAAAAAUUAUUACAAGUAA